AUGGCGGCCUAUAACAAAAUUGGUGACACCGGAAUCCAAUACGCUAAAGAAGAAGUGCUCGGCAGAGGCACAUUUGGUAUUGUCUAUCUUGGUAUUUUCAACGAAGAAAAAAUUGCAGUCAAGAAAAUCUUAUUAAACCUAUCGGAAAAAGAAGGGCGCGAAGUCGACUUACAAAAAAACCUUAGUCACGAAAAUGUUCUAAAAAUUUGCAGAGUUGUAGAAGACGAUGACUUCAGAUACAUCGUACUGGAACUGUGUGCAGGAACACUAAGUGAGGUGAUUGAAAAUUCGUACAAAGGACCCGCCCUGCCAUCUGAUCAAAUGGUUUUAUACCAAAUCGCCGAUGGCCUUGACUACAUCCACUCGAAUAAACUGAUCCACCGGGACAUUAAACCUGAAAACAUUUUGAUUUCCAUGGCAGGCAAAAUGAAAUUGUCAGAUUUCGGUUUGAGCAAACAGAUCAGCACUCGAGGGACGUGUUCCAUGAGUGGAAUAAAAGGAACCCUUUUAUGGAUGGCACCGGAAUUUUUUGAAAAUAACGAGAAAGCAACUCCGAAAUGUGAUAUUUUCCCGUGCGGUUGCGUCUUUUUUGUUUUCCUCACUCGCGAAAAUGGUUGGAUCCAUCCCUUUGGCGAUACUAACGAUCCUUUGCAGAUACAGUUCAACAUUCGAGAGGGUAAACCAGUUAACAUCGAGAAGUUAAAUUCUAAUCAGUAUGCGCUUUUCUUUGUUCGCAAAAUGAUUGAACGAGAUCCGUCAAAAAGAAUAUCUCUUCAGAUGGUUAAAAACGAGCUAAGGACUAUUAUUUUCGAUUUCCCUCAAUUAACUAAUAAUUAUACAAAAGAAAUAGAAACUACAGAAGAAACCAAGAUAGAAAUUUACGAACCAGUUUUCGCAAGUGGAUCAUUCAAAAAAGUCCGAAAAGGAAAGUAUGUUGAAGGAGAAAGAACUGGUGAAGACUGCGUUGGCAAAACCUUUAUAUCUGGCAGCGUUUUUGAAGAUUCCUACUUUCAAGAAGAACUCAAAGUGGUGGAAAAAGCACUGGAAAUCAUCAACAACUUCAACAAGCAAAAAGUUAUUCACCAAAUUAUAUGGCUCAACAAACCAAAGAUCUGUACCGGUGAACCGGGUUCAAACGGAGAAGGUAAAAAAAUGUUAGUUGAGCCCAUGAUUUCAAAUUUCGAAAAGUUUAAUUCAAAUACGGGAUGGACUCCUGAAGAAUCGUCUCCUCGUAGUGAUGUGAUGCAAUCUCUAAGUCACUACUCAUAUCACUCAACUAAUCGGCAUUUGCUCCUUUGCGAUCUCCAAGGUGGAGUGAUCGAAAAUGGCACUGUCAUAACUGAUCCCAUUAUCAUGUCAAGUACCAGGGAAUUUGGACCAACUGACCUCGGUGACAAAGGGAUUUCUACCUUCUUUGCUAACCACACAUGCAAUCAAUUUUGUGAUUCAAAAUGGAUGAUUCCAAACGAUAAAAAAAAAUAUUACGAGAAGCGGAAAGGUUCUUCAAUGGAUCUCGGUAAAAAACUGACGAAACUGAAACUUGUCAAUCAAACUCCAGGAGAAAUGAUUUUCUGA